CCGCGGCUGCAGCUGACGGCUCUUCACGGGGACAGAUCACCUCCUACCCGGGGUUUGCAUGCUCUCACCUGGGACGUACCUUCUCCAAGACCCGCUGUGGAUCCGCGGAGCUAAAGAAAGACUCCUUAAACCCGAAUUGUGAAGAUGACAGAGUCUUUGGAGCCGAGUGAGGACCUCAGUGCACCUCCCCCACAUGAAGUCGAGCCGCUCCGGGACGAUGAUCCACACUGCCCCCUGCCUUUAAGGUUGCAGUUCAUCGAUGAUCUCUCAUACGAAGAUGUGAAGAAGUGCUAUAGAGGCUCGACGGUCAGUAAAUACAACUCUCAGUAUCACAAGCUUUUCCAGACUGUUCCCAAAGAGGAGAUCCUCAUGAAAGUUUACUCUUGUGCCUUGCUGCGGGACAUCCUCCUUCAGGGACGUCUGUAUAUCUCUAGACACUGGCUGUGUUUUUAUGCAAAUCUGUUUGGAAAAGACAUCAAGGUUUGUAUCCCUGUGGUGUCUGUUCGUUUGGUGAAGAAACACAAAACUGCAGGACUGGUUCCCAAUGGUCUCGCCAUCACCAUAGAUACGGGUCAGAAGUACGUGUUCGUGUCGCUGCUCUCCAGAGACAGUGUGUACGACGUGCUCAGGCGGAUCUGCACUCACCUCCAGGUGAACGGGAAGAGUCUGAGUCUGAAGCAGUAUCUGGAGGAGCCCAGUUCAUUGUCAAUGGAUGAGUUUCCGGAGGUGCUCAAAUGGAGGAGGGAGCCGUCUCUGUCAAAUGUAUCAUCUUCACUGCCAGAUCUUUUGGGAAACUCUGCUCCAGGACUAAGCCCCGCUCCCACUGUCUUCAGCACGCAUACACUUACUGACAGCAGCCUGGAGCCAGAGAAGAUCCUCCUGACUGAACCAGUGCCUGAACUAGGCCACACAGAAUACCAGCUCCUCAAGCUCUUCGUCCUGCUUGUGCUGGUCCUGGUGUUGUCCUCCUGUUACUUGGCCUUCAGAGUGUGUCGUCUGGAGCAGCAGCUCAGCUUCCUCAGCAGCCAGCCCCCGCUCAGAGAGAGGUGUGGAGAGGUGCCAUGCUGGCUGGCCAAUCACAAAACAGGAACCUGACUCAGAAGCCAAUCAGCGCUGAGCUACUCACCUUACUUCCUGUAGACUUCCUGUUCGAGAGCGGAGUUGCACACAUUUGGAGAAGAUGACAUCAGUGUUACCACAGAGACGUCUGUCACUAGCUCCGCCUCGCUCCUGGUUACUCAGUACUGCACAUCACAGAUGGAGAGAAGUGUAAAAAAUAUCUUGACGGAAAAGAUACUUUUUUUUGUUUUUGUUUUUUUAUAGGUAAUGACUAACCCAUUUAUCACUGAUAAAUGUAUUUGUCAUUGAAAUAUGUAGAAAUAUAAAGGGUUUAUAGGGCAUUACAGUUUAUCAAUGUUUUAAUUUACUGGAGAUCAAAAUCCAAAUACUUAAAAAUGUAUCAAAUGGAAAUUUUGCGAUGACUAAACUCCACUCUUGGGCCUUCAGGAAUUUCCAAAUGAAAAUUGAAUUUUGAAUGCAAAUUUAAGUAAUAAUAUAAUGAACAAAGAGGUAUUAUUUUUAGCACAAAAUGCUGUGUAAAUUAGCAACCAUGUAAAUAUAGAAUUACUUGAAAAUUACGUGUUUCUAAGAUUUAUAUUUAUUUGUUUUUAUUUGUUUUGACAGUUUUUAAAGAAAUAAAGUAAAUGUUACAUUAAUCAAGCAAAUUUCCGAGCAUUUCAAAUGAAUGCAGAAUGUAUUCACAAGAGGCAGAGCGGAGCAUGCAAAAUGCAGUUUAGGAGUGAUUCUUUAGAUGGUUUAUGAACAUACCACAAUCUUAAACUUUAGGAGCAAAAUUCAUUUUAAGUUAUUGAACCAUUAAUAAGGGCAUUUCCCAGAGUAGAUGCACCUUUGGUCUCUGCUCAGCUUUGGUCGCCCCCAUUGGAUACAGGCCCAUCUACACCUCUGGUUAUAACUGUUUUUUACUUCAAUCUACAGCAGGGUUCCCAAAAGUAUUGAAAGACAGAUACUAAAACUAGUAUCAAUCUAGAUUUCAUUUGAGCAAGUAUUUAUUCUAAAAAGUCACAUUCACAGGACAGAAAUGAACCUUUCCUGAACAGCUUUAGAAUGAUCUUGAUAAGGAUGACGAUCACGAUAUAGCAGACGUCAGAUGUAUGUGGAGCGCUAAUCUGUGUCGUAGUCCUGUCUGCUGCUCAAAUCCCUUCCGCAGAGCCACACAUAGUGCUGCUCCUUUAAACCUCUCUCCAGCCUUUUUUUGUAUAUUUAAGUGCCAAACAGCAGAUGGUUUCAUGUACUGAAUGUUGUAAAGAUUAUCAUUAUUGAUGGGCGGGUUGUUAUGAGUUUGCCUGGGCUCUUGCUGUAGUGAAGUCUCUUAAGUGAAAUAAGAUGGAUGUAUUUAAUGUGGGAAAGUUGGAGUAAUGUUUUUGGAUGUGUUCCUGUGAAAAAAUUUGAAGAGGAGAUUGUAUUGUAAAUGUACUGUAAACUGUAACAUAAAGAGCUCACUAAGUU